UCUGUGUGUGUGCAGGAGUUCUACAUGAAGUGUGCGUCCCACCCGACCUCAGAGGACGACCUCUCUGUGGCCCUCGACCUCAUCAUGACCAACAGCAGAGACGUCCCCUGCAUUGCCUGCAGCGACAUCAUGGACCUGGUCCUGGUCUUCCAGUGUUCGGAGCGUCAUGUGAUCUGUCUCGACUGUUUCCGCCGUUACUGUCAGACUCGACUGAACGAGCGACAGUUUGUUUUCCAUCCUGUGAUUGGCUACUCGCUGCCGUGUGCCGUCGGCUGCGUGGACUCUCUCGUUAAAGAGGUGCAUCAUUUCAGGAUCCUGGGAGACGAUCAGUAUGGGCGGUACCAGCAGUACGGGGCGGAGGAGUGCCUGCGGAUGAUUGGAGGACUGAUGUGUCCGUCACCUGGCUGCGGGGCGGGGCUUGUCCCUCCGGAGGACAGCAGGAGGGUGGAGUGUGACCGGCAGCUCGGCUGCGGCUUCGUCUUCUGCAAAGACUGCAGGGAGGGCUAUCACGAGGGGGCGUGUCACUCUGAGCCGGCCCCGCCCACAGGGGAAGCCUCCCAGGGUUUCGUGGUGGAGGAGGAGGCGUCUCUCAGAGGGAGGUGGGAUCAGGCCUCCCUGCUCCUCCUGCAGGAGUCGACCAAACGCUGCCCUCAGUGUUCAGUUCCUGUGGAGAGAAACGGCGGCUGUAUGCACAUGCAGUGUCCUCUGUGCCGAGCCGAGUGGUGCUGGCUCUGUGGUGUCCCCUGGAACAGGGACUGCAUGGGGAACCACUGGUUCGGAUAGAAACGCAUGUUGUAACUUUACAGGUUCCUUAUUGUCACAAUAACAAACUGAGAAUGUCGACAGGUUAUCAGUGCUGAGCGUGUAAUGAAAUGGUCACAGGUUUGAGUUUCCUGUUCAUUCUCUGCUCUAAAAAUGGUCAUUUAUUAAAAGGAUUGUUUUUAUUCACCUGA